AUGGAAAUAUUAAAUAUUAACUCGCAGCAAACGAAGCCUCAGGAGAUGGUGAAAAUUAGCAACAGCCAAUUUUAUGGUGGCAGUAUUCGAACAGUUAAGCAGCGAGCUCAUAAAUUUAAUGCUAUAGCAAUAAACAAUAUCAACAAUGGUGCUAGCAGUAUUCCAGUCCCUAACAAAUCGAUCGGAAGCAGCGUGACGAAAGUCAAUAAUAAGAACAAUGAAAAUAUGAAGAAGAAUUCGAUUACGGAAUCACCGAAUUUAGAUCAAAAUCAUAACAUAAAAAUAAAUAUCGUGAAUAAGUACACGACGGGUAAGAACACAACCACGGUCGCCAGCAAAAACAUCAUUUCAGAACACGAUAAAAACAAUUUAAACGUUGAUGAAGGGAAAAGCGACAUUAACAACAUCAACAUUAAUGGAAUAAAUACCAGCAAAGUCAUGUUAAAUUCCGGCGAUGUAAAAAUUAAAAUCAAUCAACUGAAUCAGACAAACGUUGCGUCAGUUUUACCAUCGUCGAAAUCAUCAUCACCAUCAUGGAAUGCUAGCGGUUGGAUUCGAAUUUAUUGUGGCCCAGAUCGCUCGGAAUAUUCGUGUGAAGAUCCAAAUCGGAUGGUGAUGUGUUACGCGAAUUCAACGACAAUUGAGAUUGUCAAAGACAUGGGACUUCCAGCUGAUUACACGCUUUGGGUUCAAGUUGGUGGUGAGAAAUCACGUCGGUUAGACGACAUUGAACAUCCAUUUCUGGUUCAGGAAGAAUUCCUUAAGAAACUUGGAUAUUUAGAUGAAUCGAGACGAUCACGAUUAGGAAUUGAUCCAGAUUUGAAGUUCUUGAUAAGAUUUCAUAUUGGACCGAUCGACAUUCCUUUGUGUAAAGGUGCAACAAAGUGUGGAAAUGUUGAACUUUUGAAAGGAUUAGUCUUCCCUCAAUGGAAACGUCGAACCAUCGCAAUCAUUGGAACUAAACUUAUUAUUUAUCCCGCAAAUCAAGGUUUAAUGCCUGAAACUUAUGAAUUAUCAGGAUCGGAAAUAUUUGAACAUACGCCCGUUUACAAUCGAUUGAUCAUUAAAAUUGUGCCAAAACUUAGUGAUAGUCUCAAUAAUACGACAGAAAAUUUGAGUCGAAACAAAAGUGUUGAAUGCUUGAAUAGCAAUUCAAGUAGUGGAAACAGUAAUUUGAGCAGCUUGGGUCACAGCAACAUUAACAGCAGCAAUUUAAGUGUUUGCUCAAAUGGCACCGCUCUAGACAAAGAAGUUGUGUUAUUCCUUGGCUUUGAAGACUCUUGGGAACGCGAUUUAUGGUCCAAUUGGUUGAUGGAGGAUUCUAACGCAAUGAGUUUACGGUUGCAACGUGGUCGUGUAAAGUUUAAUGAAGAAAUCGAAAUGGACUCAUUAGAGCCUGAAUUAAAUAAUUUUUAUGGCAAGCGUGGAGUGUUGGGGACAAUACGAGAAUAUGAAAUGAAUGGACAUAACAUUGAAGAAGAGUUUUACGAUGAAAAUUUAAAUGAUUUUCAUGAGUUCGAUGCAACAACGGAAGUCUCUGAGCCUCGUCGUAUGGACAUUUCAGGUUCAGGAUUACACAUCAUGCCGGAGAUUAUUCUACAAUCAAGCCAUUUGGUUGAAGAAUUAUUUGCCGACAAUAAUAAACUUCAGGAUUCUGCACUUAAAGCAUUGACCGAUUUUAAAAAGCUUCGCGUGCUUCGUAUUGCUGCAAAUCACUUCAAGAGAUUUCCUGAUCAACUCAUGGAUAUUUUGAACCUCUCAGUGCUUGACAUUUCAAAGAAUGAAAUCGAAAGACUUCCGGACAAUGUAUUUAAAUUGGAAAAAUUGGAAGAGUUGAGAAUUGACGAUAAUUUGUUGACGUCUUUACCAAACACUUUGAAGCUUUUAAGGAACUUGAAAAGUAUUUCCGUAUCCAAUAACAAGAUCAGUAAACUUCCAGAUUUUAUGGUCGCGAUGAGGUUUAAUAAUAGCGUGGAUUAUACACAAAAAAACCAAUUUGAUGGGACAAGAAAUGGAAUGAAAGUUGAAGAAAAUAAUCCAAGAAUUGAUUUCAGCAAUCCACCAUUGAAAAAACUUAAUUUAAGGGCGAAUCAUCUGAAGGGAAAUAUUAUUUUAGGAAACUUCACGUAUCUGACACAAUUGGAUAUGAGUGAAAAUUCAAUUGAAUUCCUUGACUUAUCAGCAUUGGACAAAAUUGAAAGCAUUCAAUGUUGCAAGAAUCAAAUCAAAGAACUGACACUUAAUGGUCGUGUGUUGAAUUCUCUCGUUGCAUCUAACAACAAUUUAUGCCGGUUGAUUGUGAAACCUCUGCCAAAAAAUAUCCGACAUAUUGAUGUUAGUCAUAAUCUUCUUACCGAAGUUCCCGACUGGCUGCAUGGUUGUCAUCAAUUGAGAACACUUUAUGCAAACAACAAUAACAUCGUAACGUUGCCAGAAAAUCUCUUUCAGAAUGAAAAUGGAAUGUUGCACACAAUACAAUUGGCUUCCAAUCGAUUGACUAAAUUACCAGCGAUGCCAAAGAAAUUACUUCCACUUCAGGAGUUGUACAUUAAUGGCAAUCAAAUUGAAGAUUUGCCAGAAUUUUUCUUCACAGCAUGCGAGAAUUUGAUUCUGCUGAACGUUUCCAGUAAUAAGUUAUUGACAUUACCAAUAAUUGAUGGGAAUCGAAGUCAGUUGGAGCGACUUUAUGCGACUAACAAUUGUCUCAAUGAUAGAGUUUUGGAUACUUUGUUAUAUUUGUCAGGUCUACGAAUUCUGCAUUUAUCGUACAAUCGAUUAACGACUUUCCCAGAAAGUUGCAUAAGUAAUUGGCCGGAGUUAGAAGAAUUAAACAUUUCUGGAAACAACUUGCAACAUUUACCAGACAAUCUUUCAAAUCUUCGCAAUUUACGAGUGCUUCGGGUUCAUUCGAAUCAACUUCAAUCGACGCCUGUGCUGUCAAAGAUUUUAUCUUUACGUGUUCUUGAUUUAGCACAUAAUCAACUUGAUAAAAUUAAUCUCACAAUUCUUGUUCCUAAGAAACUUCAGUUCCUUGAUUUGUCUUGUAACAAUCAACUUCAAGUUGAUGCAAAACAAUUGCAAAGUUGUCGAUCACAACGUCCAAUGAGUCUCGUUGAUGUUUCUGGAAAAAAUCGUCCGACACUUCCAACAGCUCCAAAUAAUUUCAACGAGAAUUCCGACAUUGAACCUCCGUGGAAAGUUGGAUUUUCUGAGACUGCUGGUAAUGCAAACAAACUUUACAUUUCACAACUUCGCCUUCCCGGAUUUUGCAAUGCUGAAGGACUUUUUGGUUUGUUUGAUGGCGAGUCAAAUAAUGCAUUACCAAACAUACUUGUAAAAGCAAUUCCAAAGAUUUUACUUGAAGAACGAACAGUUAAAGAAACUGCAAAUGAUUAUAUGAAGUACACAUUAUUGUCAGCACAUCGAGAGUUGAAGCAACAAGGCCAAAAAUCGGGAGUUACUGCAACACUUUGUCAUAUCUCUCGAACAAAAGUGUCGACAGAGUCAACAGCUUAUCACGCAUAUCAGACAAAUGGAAGGAAAUUUGUGUUGAGAACGGCAACUGUUGGUGAAGGAAGCGCAAUUCUUAUCCGACAAAACAAUGUCAUGAAGUUGACAUCUGGAAAUGGCAAAACAAAAAUUGGAUGCAGUUUUAAUUAUCCCAUCAUCGUUCCUGACCCUGAAUGCAAUGAAAUUGUUCUUGGUGAUCAAGAUGAAUAUUUAGUGAUGGCUAAUAAAAAACUUUGGGAUGUCAUGACAUCAAAUGAUGUUCUCGCAGAAAUUAGAAAGGAAGAAAAUGUUUUGCUAGCAGCGAAGAGACUUCAAGACGUUGCCCAAAGUUAUGGUGCUGAAGAGAAUUUGAGUAUCAUUGUAGUGAAGUUUAAUAAUCUUGGAACUGACAUCGACUUCCUCAUGCGAGAAUUGCGUCACACAAUUCGAAAGAAGCCGAACGGAAGUGUUAUUUCAGGCUUUUGUAAAUGUGGAUGUUGUUGUGAAACGAACAACAAUUGUUGUCAUUCUGGAAAUGGAGGACAAUUUACGAGACAUCCAUCAUCGAGAAGUGAUAGGUCAUCGCCCAGUGGACAAAGCGAUCAAGCGUCAAUCAGCGAUAAUCAAUCACAAGCAACUAAAUCAAAAGAUGGAAAUAUGUCAACUAUUGGAAGUGCAGCAUCGAAGUCAAUUCUUGGUACUGAUAAGAAAAACAUUAGAAAUGGAAUAGCGAGGGCAGUUCGAGCGAGAAUAGAAGAAGAAAAGGAAAGAGAAAAUGGAGAAUCUGAUUCAGCGAUGAGUGAAGAGCAGUUCAAAUGUUGGGAAUAUAUGUUGGAGCAAAACACUCAACUGCUAUUCGACAAGGAAUUAAAUACAAUUUCGAAAGCUUUCACGAAACGAAAUCAAUCGAAUUUGAAUCGUAAACAUGUUAGAUCUUUAUCUACUUCAACUCCAAUCAUCACAAAUAAUCUUGACCCCAAAGGAAACUUCGCACAUUAUGCAUCAAUGUUGAAUCCACAAAUUUCAAGCUCGUCAUCGAAUCUCAGCACCAUCAACCAACCUGUUGAGCUUCAACAUCAGAAUGCAUUUCUGUCAAAGCACUUUGGCAGUGCUCGAUCAUUUCAACCAGGAACGCAAAGCUUCUUCAAACCAAUUCGAUUGAAUCCUACCGGCGCUCCAAAUCGAUUGACACCAAUGUCUGGUGGGCCUCAUGCAGCUUAUUUUGGUUCAGUUCAAAGACUUAUGCCUUACAAUCUUGAAUAUGAUUUUGGGAUGAUUCCGGAACGACCAGCUUUGGAAGAAGUCGAAGCGAUUCCUGAGAAUGAGAGCAGACUUCAACAGUAUUGGGGUGUGGCAACGACAGAACUUUAA